AUGGCAGCUCGUGCUAAAACUAAACAACCAGCUAAAAAACGGCAACAACGUGCAACUUCAAAUAUAUUUGCGAUGUUCGAUCAAUCGCAAAUACAAGAAUUUAAAGAAGCUUUUAAUAUUAUUGAUCAUGAUCGAGAUGGUUUUAUAAGUAGUGAUGAUUUACGAGAUAUGUUUGCUUCAUUAGGAAAAGUUGUACCCGAUGCGGAAAUUGAAGCAAUGAUCCGUGAAGCACCUGGAGAUAUUAAUUUUACUAUGUUUUUAACAUUAUUUGGUGAAAAAUUAACAGGUUCAGAUCCGGAAGAUGUUGUACGUAAUGCGUUUUUAGCAUUAGAUGAAGAACGUACAGGAACAAUAAGUGAAGAACGUUUACGUGAUUUAUUAAUGUCUAUGGGUGAUCGUUAUACUGACGAAGAAGUUGAUGAAUUAUUUAAAGAUGCUCCAAUUAAAAAUGGUCUUUUUGAUUAUCAAGAAUUUGUUAAAAUUCUUAAAUAUGGACGAAAAGAUCAAGAUUAA